AUGACGAGGCUGCUUGAGACGGAGACGAGCCCAGUUGCUGGAAGCAUGUGGACGUGGCCGAGGUACCGAAUAAUUGAAUCAAUGCUUGAUUCGAUUCGAUUUGAGAUUGAUGUUUCGUUGCAUCUCCGAGAAAAGAAUGAGUUUAUUCCUUCUGAUUUUUCCAUUCGUUCUGAUGGUCUUGAUACUACAUAUACAUCUUCUCCGAGAUGUAUACUUGAUCAACCUUUGCUUAAGUUCUGGUACAAGCUUGAUCGUACUUUUAAAGUUCCACGGGCAAAUAUAUACUUUCGAAUCAGUCUAAAGGGUGGAUUUGAUAACUUGAAGAGUUCUCUGUUGACUGUACUAUAUAUCGACCUUCUUAGAGAUGAGCUGAAUGAGAUUUUAUAUCAGGCCAGUUUUGCCCUGCUGGAUACUUCUUUGUAUGUGAAUAAUUACUAUCUGGAACUAAAGCUGUGGGGCUUCAAUGAUAAGCUUCCAGCUGUAUUGUCAACAAUUCUGACAACAACCAAAAAUUUCCUGCCAACUUAUGAUCGUUUCAAGGUUAUUAAAGAAAAUAUGGAGCGUCUGAUAAAGAACACUAAUAUGAAUCCUCUGAGUCAUGCGGAAUACUUGAAACUGCAAGUUUUUGUACCAGAGAUUCUACGAUGUAGAUGACCAGUUGCAUGUUUUAAAUGGAUUGUCUGUUUCUGAUGUGAAGUCAUUUAUUCUAGAGCUUUGGUCCCAGCUUUACAUUGAAGGCCUUGGUCAUGGAAAUCUGUUAGAAGAAGAAGCAAUUAGCCUUUUGAAUAUGGUGAAAACAAUUUUUUCUGGACAACCACUUCCUACCGAACUGAUGCUUAAGAACAAUUGUAGUUGUCUCGCUCCUGAUGCUAACCUCAUUAGAGAUGUCAGUGUAAGUAUAAGACUGAAACAAACUCUGUGAUUCAGGUAAUAAAAACGGAUUUA